CGUGUUUCUAGAGGCUUCCUGCGGCGCGUGGAGACGAGCGACCUGAGACAGAUAGGGGGGAAGAACAGAGGAGAAGAAUACCAUCCGCUUGCUUCCUCCUCUUUCCCUCCUCCGUCCGCCGGCGCCUUUCCGCCCGCGCGCUGCGAGGGUCUCGUGUCGCUGUACUCGUACAUAGCGCGUGCGUGCUGGGGGGAGGUAGACGUCUCCGGCGACGACGGCAUGGACGCCGGGGGAGAGAAGUGCGGCGACGCGGCGGCGGCCGGGGAGGGAAGCAGCGACCUCUACGCGGUCCUCGGGCUCAAGAAGGAGUGCUCCGCCGCCGAGCUCAAGGUCGCCUACCGGAAGCUCGCCAUGAGAUGGCACCCGGACAAAUGCUCCUCCUCCGGCGGCAGCGUGAAGCACAUGGAGGAAGCCAAGGAGAAGUUUCAGGAGAUCCAGAGUGCCUACUCCGUCCUGUCGGACGCCAACAAGCGGUUCCUCUAUGACGUGGGGGUAUACGAGGAUGAGGACGAUGAGGACAGCCUGCAGGGGAUGGGGGACUUCAUUGGUGAGAUGGCUCAGAUGAUGAGUCAGGUGCGGCCGACGAGGCAGGAAAGUUUUGAGGAGCUGCAGCAGCUGUUUGUGGACAUGUUCCAGUCUGAUCUUGACUCGGGAUUCUGCAAUGGGCCUACCAAGAACCACCAGGUCCAGGGGCAAGGCCGAAGUAGAACAUCCUCAACCUCACCUUCAUUGUCACCGUUUCUGCCUCCUAUAGUAAUGGAGGCAGAGGUGCCGUCAUGUAAUGGCUUCAAUAAGCGGGGGUCAUCGGCAAUGGACUCAGGGAAGCCUCCAAGACCUGUUGAAGCUGGUGUGGGGGAUCAGCACUGUAACGGCUUUUGUUUUGGGAUGAGUGACACAAAGCAAGUGCCGAACACCAGCAAGAGAAGGAACGGCCGGAAGCAGAAGCUGUCGUCGAAGCACGAUGUUUCAUCCUAAGGUUCCCAGCAGCAUAUAGCAGUUUGACCUUUUUUUUUUACAAUUCGCUGGUCCUUGGCUGUGUCAAGGGUCCUAGUGCAGCCAGCUGGCAGAGCAGAGAACACCGUGUGUUGCCUUUGCCAGCUGCUGUGAUCUGAAGAGACGGUUAGCUCAUCACAGGCCUGUAAGAGACCUCCAUGUAAAACUCGUCGAUGCUACUACAUUUUUUCCUCCACUUUGUGUCGCGGUGUUGUACCGAGACAUUUAUUUGAUCUCCGAUUGAUUCGGUUCUUUCCAA